GUCAACGGUCAUUAUCGGCUCGUUCGUGGGUUUUAUUGAACAUUAAAUAUUUGUUUAAUUUAGUUUAUAUCAUAUAUUUACAAAAUAUUACGUCAAUUUAAUUGAAAAAUUAAUUGACUGAUAGUGUAAUAAUAAAAUUUAGCCAUAUUUUAAGUUUAUAAACAUUUUUAUUUUGAUAUAUACCCUUUUUAACGUACGUUUAUGUACAAUUAUAUAGCCGACAAAGCCUGACCGAACAAAAAACUAUUUGAAUUUGGUAGUUAUUUCACUAAUUUGGAAGUUGAAAAAUGAAUGGUCCAUUGAAAAUGUAUCGAACUAAACCAAUUAUUAUACACGAUCAACAAAUGGGAACUCCAAAAUGCAUGUAUAGUCUGAAAAAUAUCCACUCAAAAGAGUCGAAAGAAAUUGUUGGCCAGUCUACUGAUCACGUUUCCACAACGAAUAAUUCUAGGAUUUUCGAGCAGGUUAAACAGUUUUUAAAGUCAAACCAUCAAAUACCUGGCAUGGCAGAACUGGAAGCUAAACAAACAGAAAUCUUAAAACAACUUGAUAAUUUGAAGAAACAAAUUAUAUCCAUUAAAUUGGACCUUAAAAAUAAUUAUUCCAGCCCAGUUAGUUCACAAAGUGCAUUUUCUAAUUCAACAUCAGAGAAGCUUAGUGUUCUUCCAAAUCUUGUUAUUAACACAAGUCCAACUAAUCCCCUUCAUUCUCUGAGAAUCCUUCAGAAGUUACUGAAAGAUAAAGUUGAAUUAAACUUUACUUUCCAUCUACAUUCUUCAGUUUCAGAAUUAACAGAAGAUGCGAAAGAGUUAGAACAAUCCCUCAUUAACCACAAUUCGAAACAUAAUGUACCAAAAUUGAAUAUUAAGUUGAUAUGGAAAAAUGUUGGUGUCAACACAGAACUUAUAGUAUCCAGAAUCCCAAUCAUAGGAGAAGUAAAUCUAAUUAGGUACCUAACCCGUAUAAUCGAUUCCUCACUUUCUUAUAGUUCGGAUCCGAACAGUGUAGAAAUCGAUUCAAUUUUAGAUACAUGUCAUCAAAUAUUACGGUCUAAAACCAAGACUGAAAGGGCCAGUCAUCUGGUAACAUUGAACAAGUCUCUAGGAAAAGCGCAAUGGUUAGGAGGAAGGAAUAGCUAUAGCUUGGGAGAUAUUGCCGCUUAUUCUGCUCUCAAACAGGCUUCAAAUAGUAACGAGAUUAACGCGAAUUUAUCGAACUGGUUUCAACGAUGUAAAAACGUUUUAUGAUUGAGUUUUUGAAAAUAAACGUCAAUUUUAAAUUGUU